CGCGCAAGUCACGCGAAGUAUACCGAGCGCGGCUCCGUCGACAGAGCGCGCUCGCAGCCGAGCAGAGAAUCACACACAGCGCGAGAACUAAUGGUGGGAUCGGGCAGGAGCGAGUCGUCGCUGAUCUGUACGCGGAAUCCUUUGGCGUUCAAUUCGCAACGCGGACGUACUCAACCGGUCAAGACUACAACGUUAGAAAACAUAUCUGUAUGAACGGGGGACACGAAUACACAGUAUGGUCCGGGAAACCAGACACCUAUGGGUGGGGAAUUUACCCGAAAAUGUACGAGAGGAAAAAAUUGUCGAACAUUUCAAACGGUAUGGACGGGUGGAGAGCGUCAAGAUCCUUCCGAAGCGCGGGUCGGAGGGCGGGGUGGCGGCCUUUGUGGAUUUCGUGGACAUUAAGAGUGCCCAGAAGGCUCACAACUCCAUCAACAAGAUGGGGGACAGAGACCUGCGCACUGAUUACAAUGAGCCGGGCACGAUCCCCAGCGCCGCGCGGGGCCUGGACGAUACCCUGUCCUUAGGCAAUCGCGGACGGGACGUUUCGGGGUUCACAAGGGGGGCGGGGGGGCCAGUGUAUGUGCCCCCUGCAUCGCUCCACAGCAGAGAUGGACGCUAUGAACGCAGACUAGACGGGGCUUCCGACGGGCGGGAGCGUGCCUAUGAUCACAGUGCCUAUGGACACCACGAGCGCGGCGGCAGCUUUGACCGGCAGCGUCACUACGACACGGACUAUUACCGCGACCCCCGCGACCGGGCGCUGGUGGGGGCCGGGGCGGGCUCCGGCCCCGGCGGCGGGGGCGGCGUGGGUGGUCCCGGUGGGGGCGCCGGAGGGGCAGGCGCCGGCGUGGGCGGGGCGGGAGGGGGCGUGGGCGGGGCCGGCGGCGGGGGCUCCUCGUCGGUGGGAGUGGGCUACUACGGCUCCCGCAGCCGCAGCCCGAGCCGCUUCGAGACGCCGGAGCCGCGCUACGAGCCGCGCGGCCGCGAGCCCUGCGCCCGCGAGCCCUUCGCGCUGGCCAGCGUGGUGCACCGCGACCUGUACCGCGAGGAGCGGGGCCGCCGCGCCGAGCGCGCCUACCACCACAGCCGCAGCAGGUCCCCGCACUCGUCGCAGUCGCGCAACCCCUCGCCGCAGCGGCUGGCCAGCCAGCCGUCCCGCGCGCCCCGCUCCCCCAGCGGCUCCGGCUCCCGCAGCCGCUCCUCCAGCUCCGACUCCGUCAGCAGCACCAGCAGCAGCAGCAGCGGCAGCAGUGAUUCCAGCAGCAGCUCGAGUGAUGAGUCCCCGGCGCGCUCUGUGCAGUCCGCCGCCGUGCCGGCCCCUCCCUCCCAGCCACCGCCCGCCCUGGACAAGGACGAGCCACGCAAAAGCUUCGGCAUCAAGGUCCAGAACCUGCCCGUGCGCUCCACAGAUACAAGCCUCAAGGAUGGCCUCUUCCACGAGUUCAAGAAGUAUGGGAAGGUGACGUCGGUGCAAAUCCAUGGGGCCUCUGAGGAGCGCUACGGCCUGGUGUUCUUCCGCCAGCAGGAGGACCAGGAAAAGGCCCUCAGCGCCUCCAAGGGGAAGCUCUUUUUCGGCAUGCAGAUCGACGUCACUGCCUGGAAUGGCCCUGAGACGGAGAGCGAGAAUGAGUUCCGCCCCCUUGACGAGCGGAUAGACGAGUUCCACCCGAAAGCCACGCGGACCCUGUUCAUCGGGAACCUGGAGAAGACCACCAGUUACCAUGACCUGCUAAACAUCUUCCAGCGCUUUGGGGAGAUAGUGGACAUUGACAUUAAAAAGGUGAACGGCGCGCCACAGUAUGCCUUCCUGCAGUAUUGUGACAUUGCCAGCGUCUGCAAGGCCAUCAAGAAGAUGGAUGGGGAGUACCUGGGCAACAACAGGCUAAAGCUGGGAUUUGGAAAGAGCAUGCCCACGACGUGCGUGUGGCUGGACGGCCUGGCCUCCAACAUCACGGAGCAGUACCUCACGCGACACUUCUGCCGCUACGGGCACGUGGUGAAGGUCGUGUUCGACAGAUUGAAAGGGAUGGCCCUCAUCCUGUACAACAACAUCGAGUACGCACAGGCUGCUGUCAAGGAGACCAAGGGCUGGAAGAUCGGGGGCAACAAAAUCAAGGUGGACUUUGCCAACCAAGAGAGUCAGAUGGCAUUCUACCGCUCAAUGCAGGCAUCAGGGCAGGACAUCAGAGACUUCUAUGAAAUCCUGUCUGAGAGAAGAGAUGAACGCAGGCCGCCGUACCAUGACUACUCAGCGGAACGGGCAUACUAUGAGAAUGUUCGUGCACAGGGCGCUUAUGCAGACGACCCUCGCCGCGAGUACGCUGCCCGCAGCCGCGAAUUUUACCCAGAAUGGGACCCCUACCAAGGCGACUACUAUGAUCCACGCUACUUUGACGAUCCCCGCGAGUACAGGGAUUACCGUGACCCGUACGAGCAGGACAUUCGCAAGUACAGCUACCUGCAGCGGGAGCGGGAAAGAGAGAGGGAGCGCUUUGAGACGGACCGUGAACGUGACCAUGGCCGGCGCACCAUCGAGAGGAGUCAGAGCCCUUCCCACCCCCGGCGCCCAGCGACGCCCACGGCCUCACCGUCCCCGUCUGAACGCAUGCCCAGCGACACGGAGCGGCGCAUCUACAGCCGCUCCUCUGAGCGAAGCGGCAGCUGUAGCUCGAUCUCGCCUCCACGCUACGAGAAGCCUGACAAGGUGAGGCCUGAGCGUUACGGCAAGAGUGAGAAGCCGGAGAAAGAGCGGCAGCUGUUCGACAUGGAGCGGAGCGGCGAGAAGGACAAACGAGCUGGGCGUAAGGAGAAGGCUGACAAAGACAAAGGGGAGAAGCUGGCAACGAAGGCGAGGAAGGUGAAGGUGCCGUCUCCCAGCAUCCCCUCUUCCGAGACGGACCCUGAACCAGAUCGGGAAGCUAGCCCGGAGGCAGGUCCACGAACCAAAGGAGGCAAGCUGCCAGCUAAGGAGAAGGAUGGAUCCGGCAAGGGGCGUCUUGAUCUGCCUCCUUGUGUGGUGCAGCUUACACGUGUCAAGGAAAAAGAAGGAAAGGUGCUGGACCAAGCUGGCUCUGAGAAGCAGAGACAGAAGGGUGAGAAUGAUAGUGUUCGUUCCCCGUCACUGCCCCCACCUCCACCAGCUGAUCAGAAAGGAGUGCUCUCGCGGCUAGAUCUUCAGAAAGGAGAUUCAGUUAAGCAGGGGAAAGCAGCUAAGGAAAAAGGCUUAGCAAGCCAGGUGGAGGUUGUGGACAAGGAUGGCAAGGUUAAACUCAAGAAGCACCCAAAAUCAGAACCUGGAACUGAUGGAAAUAAUUCUUCCAUGGAAACCGAUAAGCCAGCUGCACGAAAGAGACGUUUCGGAGAUGCGGGUGGGAAGAUUGAUCGGCUUAAGAGGGUCAAUCAGGAAGAAGAGGAGGGGAGACUCGGGCUUAAGAAGCUAGUGGAUGUUGGAGCCCCUAAUGCCGUGGCAAAAGAGACGGAGGGUGAGAGAAAAGUAGUGCGAAAAGAGGCACACAAAAGAGGACACCAGAAGCCAAAACCAGAGAGGCUGGUUACUGUCUCAAGCCCAAAAGAAGGCCACGAGUCUGGGGGCAUCUCCGUGGGGCUCAGUCUGGACCUACAGGCACGACUUGGGGAACCCACAGAGGAGGCUGCAGACCCCUCAGACUUUACCGGUAAGGUAAAAUCCCAGGGCCGCCCUAGUAUUGCACGGAUGUUUUCUGAUGAUGGAAGUCAAGAUCAGGAUGAUUUAAAAGAGCCGGAACGACCGAACUACGCAGGUAUCUGUGAACAGGCCACGGUUGAAGAGAAAGUUACAGGGGUGGGAGAAGAGCGUCUGUCCAUGGACAUUGACCACUCUCAGAGCUACCGCAAACAGAUGGAGCAGAACAGGAGGCUUCGGCAGCAGCUGCAAGAGUCUGACAAGCAAGAUAAGCCGGGGAGCCCCCGAGGUGCUGACACUGAGGACUUUGAGCAUCGCAGCUUAGUGCAUGAAGUGGGCAAGCCUCCUCAGGAUGUUACAGAUGAUUCCCCGCCCAGCAAACGCAAGAAGCAGGAGGCAUUCGAAAGUGAUAUAAGUGUUAAGCGGGAACGUAACUAUCGGAGUUCUCGGCAAGCAAGUGACGAUUUAGAGCGGAACAUAUCCUCUCCUCCAGGGCUGCGACCGUUCUCCUAUCAUGAGGAAGAGAGUGCUUCUAACUCACCCCAUCUGGUGGCUGUCAAAGAAGCCAAAGAGUCACCUAAGGUAGAUGAUAAAGUCUACUCACACCUGGACCUGCUGAAGUACAGCUUGGAUCCAACAGUUGGCAGGACCCGGCCUGCCCAAUCAGAGCUCCCUAAGCUGAAAACUGCAUCACUGGGAAGUGAGGAGGAAGUGCAACAGCGCUGGGAGAGCCGAGUGAAGCAGGACCUGCGGCUGGACAUGAGCUUCCCCAGCAGCAUUGUGAAACGUGAGAGCAUCCGUAAGCGCCUCCAUGAUUUGGAACCUGGGGAGGUGCAGUCUGACUCUGAAGAGGAUGGAGAGAAUAAACACCACUCCCCUAAGCCUUCCACCUCCCUCUCUUACUUCUUCAGAGACCGUGAAGAGAGGCUGUCAGACCUUAAGCUGUCCUCCUCCCUGGAGAGAAAUAAGUUUUACUCUUUUGCACUGGAUCAGACCAUCACACCGGACACCAAGGCUCUGCUGGAAAGAGCUAAGUCUCUCUCCUCCUCCAGGGAAGACAACUGGUCCUUCCUGGACCGAGACUCGCGCUUUGCCAGCUUCCGCAGCAGCAAGGAUAAGGAAAAGGUGGAGUCCACGCCACGGCCAAUCCCCUCCUGGUACAUGAAGAAGAAGAAGAUCCGCACCGACUCAGAGGGCAAGCUUGAUGACAAGAAAGAGGAGCCUAAACCGGAGGAGCAGGAGCGGCAGGAGCUGUUUGCCUCCCGAUUCCUUCACAGCUCCAUAUUUGAGCAGGACUCCCGGCGCCUGCAGCACCUGGAGCGAAAAGAGGAAGACCCAGAGCUAGGCUUGGGCCGGCAGCCCAGUAAACAAGCAGCAAUAGAUGGGCAGCUUGGAACAUGUGGAGUAGACCUGCAGCAGGAACCAAUGGUGCUUUUUCAUAGCCGCUUCUUGGAACUGCAGCAGCAGAAAGAGAGGGAUCAACGGCCAAGGGAACCUGAGAGAGGCAGCAGCGUGGACGGGAAUGUGAUGGAGAAGCCACAGGAUGGAGAACAGCAGCCUCAGCAGCAGCCAACCAAAGUAUCUGAGCCAGCACUGGAGCCGGAAUUGAAACCGGGCAGCCCUGUUCCAGUUAUCCCAGCUUCAGCUUCUCUUCCAGUGCCUCUACCACAGGACAAGCCCACUGUCCAAACAGUGUCUCCAGAUCAUCCAGUCUUGCAGACAAAAGAAGAAAAUCUGGAGGCUGAGAAGGUCUCAUCACCCCCGUCCUUGCCUCAGGUGGAUGUUAAGCCCCCUCUCCCUGUCAGCAUCAUGCUGCCUGAGCCUGUCCCCUCAGAGACAGACAUUAAAAUGGAACCAAAGGAGGAGGCUCCUGAAACCAGGAUCCCAACUGAAAACUCAUUAAUUGGGGAUCACUCUUCCUUCCUUGAUGUUAAGCCUCCUACUCCUGGGGCUUCACUGAGCAAUUUGGAGCCAGAACUUGAGCCUGAGCCUGACCCUGAGCCCCCUGAGCUCCAUGGCUCUGUCUCCCCCAAGCAGGAGGAUGCUACGGAGUCUGUUAGAGGAAAGGAGGCCUUAGUUGUAAAGGAAGAGGAGGCCCCACCAGCUAAGGCAAAACCUCAGGAUGUUGAGAUGCAGCAGAAACCUGACGAACCCCCUGAGGCUCAGACACUGGUGUCUGAUGAUACAGAGGUGGAGCCAGUAGCAGCAACUCGGAAGUCCAAGAGCAAAAGGGCUAAACCUCCCCCGCCAGCACCACAACCUCCUGUGGCCCAAGCACCAAAUGCAGAGAAACAGGCCACGCGCAAGAGUGAGCGCAUUGACAGAGAGAAAUCAAAACGUGCAUCUUCUCCACGAGGAGAUGCUUCCAAGGUUGCCUCAGAUGCUAAGAUGGCCUCUAAAUCGCCCAUCCAUGCUGCUGACUCUGAGCAGGGCUCCGAACAGAGCUUACCCCUGAGCAGAACACGUCGUCGGAAUGUGCGAUCAGUCUAUGCCACUCCAGUUGAGGAUGAGACCCCACAGCAGCCUGCUAAAGAUGUGCCGGAGUCGCCCCGCUCUACACGGAAGCGUGGAGGGGACAAAGAGGUCACCCAGCAGCAACAGCCACAGCAGGACACCCUAGCCGCGCCCACUACCACCACAAGACGAGGACGGCCCCCUAAAACCCGCCGGCCGAGGGAGGAUGUAUCACCUGUGAAGGGGGAACCAGUUAAAACAGCAGAGGCGGAGGAGAUAGAUAGCAAAGAGGCUGGAAAUGGUGGAGAAGUCAGCAAGGUAGCAGAAGGGUGGCGUUCACCCCGCACACAGAAAGUACAGUCAAGUCAGGGCUCCCCACCUGCUGGUCAGGGGGGUAGGAAAGGCGGCAAAGCAGACAAACUGUUUGACAGUGCAGCUCAGGGGGUAGAUCACACAGAGGGAGAUGCUGCAGCUGCCCAGGACUCUUCUGACAGGUCUAAAGAAGACACCUUAGAGGAGGAUAGGAAACAAAAAGAGGAGGAGGCCAAACAAUAUGCAACCCAGCAAGAGCCUGAGAAGGACAAAGAAACAACUGAUCUCGCAGACAGGAAAGAAAAUGAGGAUAAAACCGGCGAAAAAGCUGCAGAGCCCGCAGCAGUUGAGAAACGGCUGCCAGUGGAGAAGGGUGGUAAAGGGAAAGCAGCAAGGUUGACGCGCAACACCAAGCCGUUAGCUGAUGACAAGCUUAGCCUGAAAAACCUGGAGAUCUGGCUUAGUGUUGAUGAAGUGAAGGGUGCACUGCGCUCUGGUGAAGAUGAAUCUGAGCCUUACGAGGCUUCCCCAAAGAAGACAAAGCCAGGUGCCUCCAGCAAAGAUGAGAUACUGGCGCCCAGUUUUGAAAAAGGGGUGGUAGAGCUCAGCCCCAAGGACAAGGAGGAACUGUCUGAUGCAGAGCCCCCGGUAGACCCAGCUGCUGCCCUGCUGGCCCAGCAGAUGGAGCUGGAGCAGGCUGUCAAGAACAUCGCCAAAAUGACAGAAGAUCCCACCCUGCCGCCUUACAAAGAGCCUCCCGUUGAGCCCCCUGCAUUGAUUCCUCCUGUUGUUGAGGAGCCAGGGAGUGAAAUGGAGGAAGAAAAGCCAGCAAACCCUGCCAGUGAGACUGAACUGGCUGCUGCCAUUGACUCUAUCACUGCCGAAGACAUUUCUGCAGAUGCGGAUGCGUUUGCAGCGCCCUCAACCUAUACUGCGCUCAUCCCCACCCCAGAGCCAUUGGUGCUGCCUUCUGCUAGUGAGGCCAUGGAGCCAGAGACACACCUGGCUAUCAGUAAUAUCAUGGAUGUGGACACAGAGAUGCAGCCUCUGAGUCCAGACUCCAAGGGUGCAGAACCAGCUACCAGUGGCUCAUCUUUGACUCAGGAGGAGUCCCCUCCACCAGAGACACCCAAGAAAGGAGGUAAAGUCCGACCAAAACCUCAAAAGAAGUCCAGAAGCCGGAAGGCUAGUGCCAGUAGGAAGGGAGAGGCCCCUGAGGAGAAUGUGUCUGAACCUGAGCCCCCUGCAAUCAAGCUGCCAGAAUCCAUCCCUGAAGAGACACAGACUGUCAAACCCAAAGCAGGUGGUGCCAUAGCGGCAGCAGCAGCUGCUGUUGCUACAUCCACUGCUUCCUGCAAGCAGGACAUGGGGCGUGUGAUAGCAGGGGCUAUGGACACCCCCAAGGAAGCAGAGCAGCCCCCAGUUGAGCAGCCUGAACCGCAAGAGUCUGCCUUUCACUCAGGCAACAAGAGUCCUCACCUCAACAAACGCAUUAGCCACCCUGUAAAUUCUGAACAGCCACCCUCUGAACUAGCAGCCCCUUCCCUCACACUGUCCCCAACCCACCUGAACUCCACACCAUCGCGCUCUGGCAAACUGCCUCCCUCUCCUCCAGACUGGCUAAACAGAUCAAAGGACACUGGGGCUCAUUCUGCUCCAGUGCCUCAAGUCAGUGUAGCGUCUUCCCCCGUGGGGGCAGCUGCUGCCUCUGCACCCGCAGCGACCACUGUGGUGGCUCCCUCAGGGAACCCCCCUGACACCAAAGCAUCUGAUGUCGACCCCAGCUCCAGCACCCUGCGCAAGAUCCUCAUGGAGCCCAAGUAUGUAUCGGCCUCGAGCAGCAGCUCUGUGCCCAGCACGCUGCUGACCACCUCCCUCGUUGACCCUCGCAUGUCAGAGAACGAGGCGCAGCCUGACGUGGCAGCCGCAAGGCCCUCUCCGCCUGAAGAGAAGCCGUCGCCUGCGACUCCCCAGCCUGCUCUCCAGCAACCGCCCCCGCUUCCUCCGCCUGAGACACAGCAGCCCUUCGGCGAGAAGAUGAAUUCUGUCAUUGCCUCUACUGCCACUUCUGUUAUCAGCCGCAUCCCCGUGCCCUUUGACUCAGAGGAGGCCCCACGGAUCUCGCUGAGCAAUCGCAGUGCGGGCAUGCAGCUGCCUAAGCAGAAGUACCGACCCAGUGUCAAUGAGACUAACAGGUACCACGGACUGGUCAUGGGGGAGGAAGGGAGCGGCAUCGGGCGUCCCGGAGUGGAAAGCGCAGCUUACAGCACCGGGUCCAGCCCAGGCCUGAGAGUCAACACCUCAGAAGGUGUCGUGGUGCUGAGUUACUCAGGACAGAAGACUGAGGGGCCUCAACGGAUCAGUGCUAAAAUAAGCCAGAUCCCGCCAGCCAGCGCAGUUGACAUUGAGUUCCAGCAGUCGGUGUCCAAGUCCCAGAUCAAACAGGAGCCGCUUACCCCCUCCCAGCCGCUAACUCCGAAGGGUUCCCAGACUCCCACAAGCUAUGGUCACAGUGGUGGAGUCUUGGCUGGCCAGCCCUAUAACACACAGCCAGUCAUUUCUUCCAUCAAGCAAGAGAGUCCAGGUUCAGAAAAAUCUGAAAUGCCGUACCACUCCGUUCAGCAAGGGGGGGCUGUGAAGAUGAUCCAGCAACCUGCGGGAAAUCCCCAGGUCCUGGUCUACAACCAGGCCAUGAUAACGCAGCAUGCAAAGAAAGGGGUCGGAGCUGAACCCUUGCCACUGAAAAGUGAGGCAGGCAAGUCAUCCCAGCCUUCAAACCUAAGUCCUGGCAUGAGCCCUCACCAUCCCUCCCUGGCUAGUAACCAUGUGGGCUCCAGCCCGAGCACCCCUACUGACAGAGCUCUCCCGCAUCUGAGCGGGAUAAAGCAGGAGCCCCAUUCCCCUCGGAUGUCAGGCCACUCGCCCUCCCCGUUCCCCAAAACGUGCCCACCCAGUACCUCCGCCUCCCCCAUCGGCACCCCUGUGGUUCUGGGCCCGGGCAUGCCUGCCAUGUCCCAGUACGUGCACCACCCGGAGCAGUCUGUCAUCAUGCCCCCCCACAGCGUCACGCAGACAGUUCCCAUGGGGCACCUCUCUCAGGGCGAGGUCAGGCUGAACACCCCGCCGCUGUCCGCCAUGGGUUACGGGCUACGCCCCGAGCCACUGGCCUCCCCCCGCUCCGGCCCUCAGCAGCGCUCCAGCACGCCCCAGCCCGCCGGCAUGAGGGACAUCGUCCUGCAGGCUCACCCCGGCUCCGCAGCGGCGGCCGGAGGCAGCGGAGGCUCCAUGGCGGGAGAGGAGGAAAGCAGACACUUCCACCAGGCCCUACGCCGGCCGUCUGUGCCGCAGCUGCAGCCGGAGGUGAUGGUGAUGCAGCCGGAUUACCGGUUGCACCACGGCGGCUUGCGGAUGGACCAGUACGGCCUGCCGUCACGGGACGUGCGGAUCCUCAUGCACCACCAGCUGGAUCACUCGGCCGCCGAGCCCCGCCAGGCCCGAACCCCCGAGGCCCUCCCGUCCUCCUCCUCUUCCAGCAGCACCUCGUCGUCCUCUUCCUCCAAAACCCCUCCGGUGGGAAAGGGGGUGCUGGGGAAGGAUGCCCCGAAAGCGCUGGAGGUGAAGAUGCCGCCUUCUCCUCACGGAGAGAGGAUCAUGGGAGUCCACCCCUCCGUGCCUGUCAUGGUGCCCUCUCAAGGGGUCCCGCUGAUGCACGCGGGGGCGGCAGGUUCCUUCUCGGAAUACCCGUCUGUGUACACCCGCGACAUGCGCGGCUUCCACCCCCAGUUCACCGCUCACUCCCCUCUGGGGAUCAACCUGCCCUCACGCAGCCUCACACCCUCCCAGGGUCUUCAGGACGGGGACCACGGCCACCGGAGCAAAACGCCCCAGCUGUCUUCCUCAGGCGCCGCGGCAGAGCGAGGGGAGCCCAAACCCUCGGAGGGCUCGCACCUCCGCCACGCUGUCCCCAUGGACCUGCCCCACCUGCCCCGCGGCCAGGCCGAGACGUGCUCGCCCUCCUACACCUCCCCGAUCCCCGUGCCCCACAAGAUGGAGCUGGCGCCUCCGGCGGCGGGGCAGAAGGGCUCGCAGCCGUUCCUGUCGGCCCAGCUGCCCCCGUCCUCCUCCGGCCCUCCCCCAGCGCGGCUCGACGGCAAGCCGGAGCACCCGGUACACCGGCCCGUCGACAUGGUGCAGCUGCUAACGAAGUACCCCAUCGUGUGGCAAGGCCUGCUGGCGCUCAAGAGCGACACGGCGGCCGUCCAGCUCCACUUCGUCUCCGGCAACAACGUGCUGGCGCACCGGUCGCUGCCGCCGCCCGAGGGGGGCCCCCUGCUCCGCAUCGCGCAGAGGAUGAGGCUGGAGGCGUCUCAGCUGGAGGGCGUGGCUCGCAGGAUGACCGUGGAGAGCGACUACUGCCUGCUGCUGGCUUUGCCUUGUGGGCGUGACCAGGAGGAUGUCCUGAACCAGACCCAUGCCCUGAAAAGUGGCUUCAUCACCUAUCUGCAGGCCAAGCUGGCUGCUGGCAUAAUCAACGUCCCCAACCCCGGUUCAAACCAGCCGGCCUACGUGUUGCAGAUUUUCCCGCCUUGUGAGUUUUCAGAGAGCCACCUGUCCCGGCUCGCACCCGACCUCCUCAACAGCAUCUCCAGCAUCUCUCCGCACCUCAUGAUUGUCAUCGCCUCCGUCUGAGACACCCCCUUUUUCCCGUAACUCCCGGUGGAAGCAGCCCGAUCUCCAGCCUUUCGGCACCCAGCAGGGGUGAGGAAGACUCUGGAGGGCGCUCAGCUGGAUUUUUGGAUCAGUCAAUUUCCCUGCUCACACUGUUCAACAGAUCCCCACCCUCGCCCUCCAUAUGCUGUUCUCUGCCUCUCCCCUGGAGAAGACAGGGAAGGGUCAAGCUAGAUCUACAACGGUCUGUUUUAUGAUUGUUUCUCUGCUGUAUUUUUACUUUUUUAGGGAGUUGCAUUUUUUAUUUAGGGGAGGUGUUUAGAAAUAAACAAAAAUCCGACUAGGGAUGGGGGGGGGACGCUUGAUGAACAACCACAGAACUGAGGAGGACAGUUGCAACUUGGGUGGCCUUUUAUUUUUACUUUCAUUUUGAUCGAAACGAUUGUGAUUUCAUCUUUUAAUUUUCUAACAAAGUGGAACCGAAAAUGAAAAAUCAUUGCACUAUAUUGGGGAAGUCGAGGAAAAGGCGAAAAGAAAAAAAAAAAAAGACAAAAAAAAAAAACAACAAUGACUGUAUUUCAGAUUUUAAAGUCAGAUUAUACAUGUAGUUGAGUGAAUGUUCGGCUUUCACUCACCAGCCUCAGCUGUACAUUGGAAGACAUUGCCUGUGAAAUACUGUUGGGAUUUAGGAGAGCAAAUCAUGUCAGCCUGAGUAAUCAUCCUUGCUUCUACUGGUUCUGUUCUGCUUUUCUUCUGCCACUCAGCUAGAAAUUCCUCUCUCCCUGCUUCCUGCCCCGGGAACUCUGCAGGGGGCUUUUGGAUUUGUACAGUUUACACUUGAUGCCUCAACAGCGGACUAUAUAUAUAGUUUUUUUUUCUUUUUUUCUUUUUCUUUAAGAAUUAAGGUAUGAGGGGGAGUAUUUGGAACUCUGUAAAUAUUAUAUAUAUUUAAAAGAUGUAGACAAGAAACCUGGACUCCCGAGUGGAUAACUUUGCAAAAUGGCAACAGGCUAACCAACUAUGAACAUACACAAUUUCAAGGAAACUGGCGCAUUGUUCACCGAGAUGUUCACAAAAAUGUUUUUAAAAAUUUGUGCCAAAACAUCUUUGAGAGAGGAAAAAAAAAA